GUGCCAUCCCCCCUGAAGGUUUCUUGGAGCUGCAGGAGUGUGACCUUGACCUUGAUCAGUGCCUGUGGUACAACGCCGGGAGGGGCCGCGUCCGUUGGCAGCGUCACGAAGAGAUCCUGUCAGCAGACUGGCACCACCCCCCUCCCCAGCAGUCAGCUGAUCCUCCAGAUGAGACGUUCCGGGCCAUGUUCGCACGUCUGACGAUACCAAAAGACACGAAAGACAAGACGUCAGUGCUGAGGUCUGUCAACUACGAGCCUCGAUUUUCUGGCGGGGGACUUUGUCAGAUCCGGUUCUGGCACCGCCUGACUGGCCAGACCGUGGAGCUGAGGCUGGAACUGGCCGAACUGGUCAAGAAGAAGACGAACAGACAGACGCGGAUGUUGUGGAGCAGCCGACAGGCGGGGGAGAGGGCGGGGAGUGGUCAGUGGAGACGUCAGGUCGUUGACCUCAACAGUGUGGCCAUCAACACAAGCUAUGUGCUCCAGUUUAAAGUUGUGACGACCAGUUCAUCCUAUGGUACAGUUGAUCUGCUUAACAUUAGCCUGGGACCCGAGUGUUUUAGUUCAGCUCUGAGACUGACCACAUGUGGAGAAGAGGGACACACCGGCCCCACCCAAGAGCUGUGUGACAAGCACUACCUGACUGCGGGGGUGGUGGACGUUGAGAACUUCACCAUCAACGGCAGCUGGGCCCGGGGGGUGCAGGCAUGGACGGUCCCUGAAACAGCUGUCUACAAAAUCGAGGCGUUUGGGGCCAGGGGAGGCUAUGGCGGCCACCUGGCGCCCCUGCUGAGCCAGGCUAAAGGGAGUCACGUGACUGCCAAGUUCCAGUUGGAGAAAGGGGACAGAAUCCACUUCGUCGUGGGUCAGAUUGGUGAACACGCAUGUCAGGACCUGUCUAUAACGCCGACCGCCCAUUGUAGACUCAGCCACUUACACGACACGCAUCACAAAUACCCUGUGGCGGGGGGCGGCGGAGGUGGCGCCACCUACAUAUAUAAGAACCAUCCAGGGCAGACAACUCUGGAUAUUCUUCUGGUGGCAGGCGGGGGAGGGGGGAUGCCAUUCCUUUAUAGCAGACGAGAGCAUAUGGAAGAUGAAGAGAAUGGCGACACAACUGACCAAUCAAAUAGCGAGAAAGAAUAUCAGGAAUACUUACAGAUAGAGUCAAAUAUCUCAAAGAUCAUGGGAAAAGAUUACGCAAAAGCUCUGUUUCAGUAUACACCUGAAGGUCUGAGCUCAUGUGUACAGAACCAUAUUGACACCGUGUUUUCCUCUGGCGGGUUUGGCAUGGGCUUUGGCGCCUGCUACGGUGGUGGUUUUGGUGGUGGUGCCGCACUGAAAGAUGCUAAGAAGAUCAACGGGACACCUACAGUUGGCCGGCCUGGCCAGUCCUACGUCAGCGAUUCGGCCAUUUUCUCGAUGAUGUCAAAUGAGGUGCAUGAAGGUUCCGGCUUGGUGGAGGUCUCGCCCGUGGGGUCAUGUGACUGCAGCUACUACUGCCAGUGGCUGGACGACUCGUUUCAAGCACCAACCUGCUACCUGCCGGGGCAGAACUUAGCCGCUCACGCUGCUGUUGAAUCACGAGAAUUUUUCCCGUGGUACUUUGUGGUGGCACUGUGUGUUGGUAUUGGCGUGGUCGUCUGUCUACUGGCCGUUUGCAUAUAUCUGCGAUGCAGGACUAUCAGAGCGCGGCACCCAACAAGUUUGAAGAAAAUGGCGUCGUUCUUCUGCCCGUGUGUCCAUUUAUCUGGCAACCCCGCCACCAGGAACGUGCUGCCACAGAUCCAGCGCCCCCCGGCCAUCAUGCACCUGAACCCCAACUACGACAGGGUCUCGACUAAAGAGCCGCACCAGGACUUGAAGGAGAUCAAUAGGAAACAUCUCAAGUUGAUGAGUGAGUUGGGCCAGGGAGCGUUUGGUGAAGUCUACUACGGCCUUCUGUCCAACGUCCCUAUGGUGGUCGGGGACCUGGCUGUGGCCGUCAAGACACUGCCGCCAGUCUGCACUGAGCAGACGGAGAUGGAUUUUCUGAUGGAGGCAGUCAUCGUCAGCAAGUUCAACCACCCCAACAUCGUCAAGUUUAUCGGGGUGUGUUUUGACCAGCACCCCCACUACCUGGUUCUUGAGCUGCUCGAGGGUGGGGACCUCAAGAGUUUUCUGCUGCAAGCUCGGCCUAAAUGGGAACAACCUUCACCUUUGACCGUCCUUGACUUACUUCGCCUUUCCCUUGACAUUGCUCGCGGGUGUCAGCAUUUGGAGGAGAAACAUUUUAUACACAGGGAUAUAGCCGCUAGAAACUGUCUACUCACCACCAAAGGCCCAAACAGGAUGGCGAAAAUUGCUGACUUUGGUAUGGCUCGAGAUAUUUACAGGUCUGAUUAUUACAAAAAAGCCGGUAAAGCCAUGUUACCGGUCAAGUGGAUGCCUCCUGAGGCUUUUCUAGACGGAGUUUUUUCUUCAAAGACAGAUGUUUGGUCUUUUGGCAUCCUGAUGUGGGAGGUGUUCUCCCUGGGCCACAUGCCCUACCCCGGGCGCUCCAACGAGGAGGUGAUGAACCUGGUCACACAGGGGGGACGGCUGGAGUCUCCGGGAGGAUGUCCCUCAGCCGUGUGA